UGUGCAGAGCAGACGGCUCGAGAAGGAUCAACCUCAAAGAUCCAUCUGAAGACGCAGUGGGUCGCCCAGGAAAUCCCUUGACAGUUAAAUAUUUUGACUACUCUUGUUCUUAGUUUUGAUGUUAUUUCGUUUUUUUUGUCUUGUUUUAUUUUCAAAGAGAACGUUACAGACGGACAUCUCUUCAAUAGGCUUCCGGUAGAAGCUUUUGGGGGCUAUUAGUUAGGCUACUUACAGUUUUAUCGACUGGUCUCCAGAAGUGAAGAUAAAGGAAACGGAAAAGGAAAGUGUGAGGAGACGGAAGGCAAUACAUACCUUGUACAAAACAACGACCUGUAGGAUUUAAACAAAAAAUAUAUAUGUUCAUGUUAAUCCUAUCAAACAGAAAAUAGAAGUCUUCAGUCUAACAAAUAUGAAAUGACAUGCAUUUCCAAGCCAGCGCAGACUUAAACUGCUCUUGAAUUGGAUUUGUAGUUGACACGUUUUUUUAUAUAUAUAUAUAUAUCUCGUUGUAGUUUAUAUUUUUGUAUCAUUAUUUUAUUCCCAUAUAUGCGGAAUAAAAUAUAUUGCAAUGUGUGGAUUAAAAUAGUUGGUUUUGAUGUAUUUGCUAUGUUUAUUUGAGACAAUAAAAUAGAUAGAAUUACGACCAAAAAUAAAGUUUCAACAAUAUAUCUAGUAGGCCUACUUGUGUCCUUCGGUAAUUGUAAUGAAAGUUGAUGUGACAUAUAGGCUACACAAGCACUCUUGAUGUAUAGGCAUUACAUGCAUUGAAGACAAAAGCAGAGACACCUGCCACUUUGUCCGGGACUUCGCGAGCUUCGAUUCCGACACUGUUUUCUCCACAGGCUACACCAAAAAAACAAUAACGGUCAAGUGACAGAACCUGAACAGAGAUCUUUUUUUUCCGGUUGCAAAAUGUUGUUCUCCAAAGUGGACUAUAGCAAAGUUUCGGUCAGCAAACUACAGUGAGCUAUAUGAAGAUCGAGACACAGAUUUUCCCUCGCAGAAAUGCCAGUGCGAAUGCCAGUGCGAACCACAAGGUUCAUGUACAAGGGAAAUUGCACUAUUCCAGAUAUCCUAUCAUACCGGACCCCCAUUAACCUGCCCGAGGAUGAGGUGGAAGAGAUCCGUGAGGCCUUCAAGGUGUUUGACCGAGAUGGAAACGGAUACAUCUCAAAGCAGGAGUUGGGGGUGGCUAUGCGGUCUCUGGGAUACAUGCCCAAUGAGGUGGAGCUGGAGAUCAUUAUCCAAAGGCUGGACAUGGAUGGUGAUGGCCAGGUUGACUUCGAGGAAUUUGUUGCACUGCUUGGACCUAAACUUAUUGCUGCUGGGAUGCCUGAUAAGUUCCAUGGGGCGGACUUUGACUCAGUAUUUUGGAAGUGUGACAUGUCGAAGCUGACAGUGGAUGAGCUGAAGAGGCUACUGUAUGACACCUUCUGUGACCACCUCACCAUGAAAGACAUUGAGAACAUCAUCAUGACCGAAGAGAGCCACCUGGACAGUCAAGCGUGCCAAGUGGACAUUGACACCAGCCCAACACAACAGAAGCACACAUGUGUGCGGAAGAGCCUGAUUUGUGCCUUCGCCUUUGCAUUUAUCAUCAGCGUAAUGCUUAUUGCAGCUAACCAGAUGCUUCGUAGAGGUAUGAAGUAGAAAGCCCUGUCCUCCACUACCAGAAGGGUUGUUUCCUAUGUUAUCCUUUCACACUCAACCCAGUGACUAAGCAUGUAGACAAAUUGAACUGAUCGAUAGGAACCAAAAUAACAUGUAAUUUUUUUCAGAGACAUAUAUUUAAUGACCAUUCUGUCCUGAGAUCCAUUUAGAGCCAAAACACAGACUGAACACCCUGAUACCAAAACUGUCAACUGGACUAAUGGAUAUAGGCCAGGAACCUGAGGAACAAAAUGUCUUGUUUACCCUUCACCAUUAGUUUCAGAUGUUCUGAAGGUUACCACCAAACACAUUGUAUCAUAACACAAAAAGAAAGAACAAAUACUAAGCAAUUAUACAAUCUCUUUGAUUAAACUCACCAUAAUGUUGCCCUAUACCAUUCACAAGGUAAUCUAUUAGCCUUCUAUUUCCUAUGAGAUAAAUGAGUAAAGCUCUAGUGUCUGUGCUCUAUUGCUAACCAUGUUGUCUGAAACAUAUCGACAUUACUAGUGUAUAUCAUGUGGCAUUACAGCCUGCCCUUGUAAAGCACGUAGCCAACUGCAUUUUUUGUCCUACAUACAUUUGUAUUCAACAGCACAUAAAGAACAUGCACAGUACAUACACAGCAUAACUCUGCAGUACCAACGGCAGUUUCUAAAGAAAGUAGAGAAGGAAUUUAGAGAUGUGGAGAUAUCAUUUGGGGAAUUUCGUAGACACAGAUAAUAAUAGUUAUCAUCAGCAAACCUGAGAUGCAUCUGCCAAUCUCUAUCUCUUGAGUCACUGUUCCGAUUGCUGGCUCACCCCAAUUCUCCUUCUAAACACACAGCACAUAUAGAUGUAAAUAAUACCACGUAGUAUGAUCUGUGUACUUCCUCUGUGGUGUUUACUUUCAAAGUCAGAUGUAUUUAUUGAAAUGAUUAUGCAAAUGAUAGUUAUUAUUGCAAAAAAGUACACCGUAGAUUAACGUUUUGUGUAAAUAUUUCUAUUCUGUGAAUGUGGAGACAGUUUCAAAGGACAUUUAAACAUAUUUUUUGUUUGGCUUUUGACAUGGUCCACCAAAAUCAACAUUAAGAUAUUGUUUAGAUUUUGACAUGGUUCUAUUUUCUUAAUGGAAGAAGAGAUCAUUUAUAUCAAAGAUCAAGAUAUCAAGAAUGCAAACAUAUACUUAUUUUUUUUUAAAUUAGGGUUCUUAUGUAUGAUUCCCAGGUUUACUGAAACAUCAUUCUAACACAUUUAGUAACCUGCUAAUUGCCAUGUACUUACAUUUGACAUUUUGCUCUUUUGUCAUAUUUCUUUUUUAGAAAUCUAUGUUUUCUCCUUAUCAUAUAUGAAGAAUUUAACUAUCAUUUUAAUGAAAUGCUAUAUAUUCUCUUGCUCUUUUUUAUCACAAGCUGAAUCAAGUCUGUAUCAUACCAGAAAAUAGUAUAUCAAAUAAUGAAAAAGAACAGGGCUUGCAAUAGUCUACCUUGAUGAGGGUGACAAAAUGUUGCUCGGUUAUCUGUUCAUAUAUGAGAAAUAACUAUUUGACAUUAUAUGCAUUUGCGCAAAUGUGAAAUAGCCAGUGUAAUAGACAAUACAUACAAAAAUAGUAAAGCAAUGAUAUUGUAUAUGACCGAUGUUACAUUGCAUUAACGAGGAGAAUAUGUUAAUGUACAGUUUGUUGAGAGUGAUCUGAUGUUUUUUCAUAUCCCUCAAUGUGUUGUCAUAUGAAGCAGUUUUGUUCUCUAUAUGUGACUGUGAUUUUCAUCAAGUCAAACAUAGUGCAGCUCUGAUGCUUUGUGCCAAACGCGGGGAGAAAUGCACAUAUCAAUAAUUUCAGAAUAACAUGUUUUAGGGAACGAAUAUUCUUGAUAGAAACAUAACUUGCAAACAAAUGUAUUUCUUAUCAGAAACAAAUGUCUUGCAAAUAAAAACUAACGCAAUAUACUGUAUACUGUAUGGACAUGUGGAUAGAAAUGACCUCUCAUGUGAACCUUCAAGUGUCCUCGCACUGUCUGUUGUUGCCUUUGGUUGAACUUUCUAAGGCAUUCUUUCAGCAUCAGUAAUCUCAUCCUAUGCACUGUAAUUGUACAUAUGUACCCGUCACCACAUCAAAUAUACAUUUAUAAACAUGAUGUCUGGAUGCAUGUUGUCCAAUAAACAAACA